GUUCCCGGACUGAUACCCACCUCUCCCCCGCGGUGAAGGCGCCAUGGAGCGGCCGGCGCCCCUGGCCGUGCUGCCCUUCUCGGACCCCGCGCACGCGCUGAGCCUGCUGCGCGGCCUGAGCCAGCUCCGCGCCGAGCGCAAAUUCCUGGACGUGACCCUGGAGGCGGCGGGCGGGCGCGACUUCCCGGCGCACCGCGCCGUGCUGGCAGCCGCCAGCCCCUACUUCCGCGCCAUGUUCGCCGGGCAGCUGCGCGAGAGCCGGGCCGAGCGGGUGCGCCUGCACGGCGUGCCGCCCGACAUGCUGCAGCUACUGCUGGACUUCAGCUACACGGGCCGCGUGGCCGUCAGCGGCGACAACGCCGAGCCGCUGCUGCGCGCCGCCGACCUGCUGCAGUUCCCGGCCGUGAAGGAGGCGUGUGGCGCCUUCCUUCAGCAGCAGCUCGACCUGGCUAACUGCCUGGACAUGCAGGACUUCGCCGAGGCCUUCAGCUGCUCGGGGUUGGCGAGCGCGGCGCAGCGCUUCAUCCUGCGCCACGUGGGCGAGCUGGGCGCAGAGCAACUGGAGCGGCUGCCGCUGGCGCGCCUGCUGCGCUACCUGCGCGACGACGGGCUGUGCGUGCCCAAGGAGGAGGCCGCCUACCAGCUGGCGCUGCGCUGGGUACGCGCCGACCCGCCGCGCCGCGCCGCACACUGGCCGCAGCUGCUCGAGGCCGUGCGCCUGCCCUUCGUGCGCCGCUUCUACCUGCUGGCGCACGUCGAGGCCGAGCCGCUGGUGGCGCGCUGCCCGCCCUGCCUGCGCCUGCUGCGCGAGGCGAGCGACUUCCAGGCGGCGCGCUACGACCGCCACGACCGCGGGCCCUGCCCCCGCAUGCGCCCGCGCCCCUCCACCGGCCUCGCCGAGAUCCUCGUGCUUGUGGGCGGCUGCGACCAGGACUGCGACGAGCUGGUCACCGUCGACUGCUACAAUCCGCAGACGGGCCAGUGGCGCUACCUGGCUGAGUUUCCCGACCACCUGGGCGGGGGCUACAGCAUCGUGGCGCUAGGCAACGACAUCUACGUGACGGGUGGGUCUGAUGGCUCCCGGCUCUACGACUGCGUGUGGAGGUACAACUCGAGCGUGAACGAGUGGACGGAGGUGGCGCCCAUGCUGAAGGCCCGCGAGUACCACAGCUCCUCCGUGCUGGACGGGCUGCUGUAUGUGGUGGCCGCCGACAGCACGGAGCGCUAUGACCACACCACCGACUCCUGGGAGGCCCUGCAGCCCAUGACCUACCCCAUGGACAACUGCUCCACCACGGCCUGCCGCGGCCGGCUCUACGCCAUUGGCUCCCUGGCCGGCAAGGAGACCAUGGUGAUGCAGUGCUACCACCCGGACGCCGGGCUGUGGUCGCUGGUAGACUGUGGCCAGCUCCCGCCCUGGUCUUUUGCGCCCAAGACGGUGACUCUCAACGGACUCAUGUAUUUCAUCAGGGAUGACUCUGCUGAGGUGGACGUGUAUAACCCCACGAAGAAUGAGUGGGACAAGAUCCCAUCUAUGAAUCAGGUGCAUGUGGGGGGCAGCCUGGCCGUCCUCGGAGGGAAGCUGUACGUCUCGGGGGGCUACGACAAUACGUUUGAACUCUCGGACGUGGUGGAGGCCUACGACCCUGAGACGCGGGCGUGGAGCGUGGUGGGGCGGCUCCCGGAGCCCACCUUCUGGCACGGCAGCGUCAGCAUCUUCCGCCAGUUCAUGCCCCAGACGUUCUCGGGCGGGCAUGGCUUCGAGCUGGACAGUGGCAGCAGUGACAUGGAUGUCGGCCGGCCUCGGCCGCCGCAGAACCCCCACGAGCUGCACUAGCCCCGGCCUGGCCCAGGGAGGGCCUCGGUGCAGGUAACCGGCACCUCUGGGGGGCAGCGACCCCCUCCUUCGUGCACAAGGACAGGUCGGGCUCACCAGGUGGAGCGCAAGCUCUCAGGCUGCUGAGCGAGCCUCGGGGUCCAGCGCCUGGGGAAUUCUGUGCAUCUAGAGCCCCAGUCUCAGCCGCUGGGGCCAAAGCCAGUUGUGAACGUCCCUCUCUCGGUCCAGGCCUUUCUGCCAGCUCAUGUCUCUGGCUCCAGAAGGUUGCCCCGGACCUCACCAGUGCAGCGCACACCCAUCCCGCUGCCACCACCUGCACCUCCUUGCUCCCACCUAGGGAGAGGAGAGCCGCUUCCGGGGUGUGAGUGGAGUGGGGACAUCCGUGCCACGAGACUGCGGACACCCUGCUGUCUUCGAGCAUUGGGCACCAGGCAGACGAUGGCUGCGCUGGGGUCCCAGACAUCCCAGCCCACCUGCUCCCUGGACGGAGAGGGUCUCACAUCAGAACACCCCUCGCAGGGGUGGGGCUGGCUAAGACUGGCCUAGGAGGGGCCCCCGAGGGACCCGCUGAGUGCCGUCUCCAGUGGACCUGGGCUGAGGCAGACGCCGGGCGUCCCCGUGCCUCCAGCCCCCUAGCAGGCAUGGCCCCCUUGCUCAGAGACUGCUCUGGGACCUUCGUCUCAGGCUGAGGCAAGAGCGCGCAAAGCCUGCACGUGCAAGGUCGCGGCCGCUUGCUGGGGUCCUGGGAGUUCGCCCCUGAAGCCCUGCCAGGCAGGCGGCUGCAGACGCCCCGGCCAGCUUGGGAGCCGGAUCCCCCGCUUCUAAAGCAGGCUGUGGGCAGGGCGGCCUUGGGUUGGUUGCAACGUGUGAAACGCAGUUUGGUUUUUCCUUAAAAAACAGGGGCAGCUGGAACCAGGGUCGGGUGUGUGCGGUUUUUGAUGUUACGGUAGUGCCUCUGCCAAAGCUUUCUGCAGGUGCGUGUGGGGGGAGGGGGUGCCUUUAGCCCCUCAGAAGCCAGGCCAGCUCCAGGGAAAGCCCCCAGGGGCCCCAGUUUCCUUGGGGGAAUGUGAGCAUGUCUGUGGAUUGGGUGGUCUUGUCCCCUUCAUGAUCCCCAAAACAGCCUUUGCUUGAGUUUGUCUUCCUCCUGGAGAAGAGGGUGUUUGCAUUUUCCUCAUGAGGCAGGUUGAAAGCAAGCGUUCACUGAGUUGCCUUCUGCCGGUGACCGGACGUGGGGACGUGCUCUCACCGAGAGAACACGGCGUCUUCGCGCCAUCACUUCUCAGGUGGCACUUAAAACCCUCUUCCUGGCCAGGUGGCGCAGUGCUUCUGGGGAAGAGGCCUGUGGCCUUCAGGGCUGUCUGGUGGGCCCUCCGUGCAGUGUUAUCGCUUUGGGUUAGAAAUCGCUCUGGACACCCUGCUGGAGCGGCUACAGCUCAGCCAGCCCCUCUCAUGCCUUUGGGGUUGCCACUCACCUGAUCACUUACAGGCACCCACUGUGCGCCAGGCACUGUUGGAGGGCAGGUGGGGGUGGGGGCUCAGGCCAGCCGUAGGCUGUUUGGGGUCAGCCGCCCCGCACUAUCUCUGCCUUCCCACCCAGGUCUCAGCCUUCAGCCCUCGUGGUCUGGGUGUUCUUGGGUGAGUUGGGGUUCACCUGCCCCUAUCCACAGGGGCUGUUUCACUUCACUUUCCUGGGGCUGCUGUGGCUUUUUUCUGGCCUAAGUGCCUGCCUUACAGGCCCAGCUCCCUAGAAGUUGUCCCGUGUUCUGUGGGGUGGCUGUCUUUGGUUCCUUUGCAGGCAGAGGCUGCCCAGGUAUGAUGGCUUUUGUCCUCUCAGUGACACAGGGACAGCAGGCAGCACAGGAUUGAUCGAGCCCCGAUUCUAUGCCAGGCACUGAGCUCAGUUUCAGAAAGACUGUGCUCUGCCCAGUCUGUGUGGGAACGUGCCACACAGGUGUUCUGAUAAUUUGACAGGUCAUCUGGGGGUCCCCCGGAGGAGGGACGUAGGCCUUGGUCUCAAAGAGACUUCUGGUGUCCAUCCUCCAGGCUCUCUCCAUAGAGGACCCCCUGAGGCCGCCCAGUAGGUGGGAUGGAGUGGGAGAUGGACGUGUGCUAUGGUCACCGAAGCGCUCCCCUCCUCCCUCCAGACAGGCAUGGCUGUGGCCCUAUCAGGGUCCAGGAUUUGCCCUGGGCAGCAAGGUAUUUGAAGCUUUGUUGUUGAGAUGGGCCUGCAAACAUUGUUUUUCUUUCAAAAUCAGCCCUUGUCUGGCCUUCCCUGUAGAAGCUCCCUCGUGGCAGGGGGCCCAGUGUCCUGGGUUCCUGCUCUUUUUGGUACUUCACCUUGACUGGCCGUCAUGAGACUGACCAUCCCCUGUCUGGUAGCUGUGCCCAGAUGAUGGCUGGCUUGGUGUGGGCUAGUGGAAGAGGGAUUGGUUUGCCUGCUUCCCCAGGUCCCCACCACCUAGACCCUGUCUUUGGUGUAAGUGUGGGGAAGGUAGGUAGCAGCGUCGGGGACAGGCCUUCAGAAACACCUGCUCCCUGCUCUGCCCUCCUGAUCUCUGGUCACAGGCCCUGUGCUAGCUACAAAGCUCCCACCGCCUGCUUAACAGCUGUCUAUACACUGACUGAUUUGGGGACAGAGGCUGGGCCAGCAGGGGUGGGACUGUCUCUGUGUGUCAGAUGCACACACCUUUAUCAGUCUAGUCUACAAGACAAAUUAAGUUAUGAGAACUUAAUUUGAUAGUAUUUAACGUGCUGAUCUACGAAGUAGUCUAUUUAUAUGACCUCAGAGACUUAGGUACUAAAGACACCCUCUAGUGUCCAGCACCCAGUCCGACCCGAGGGCAGGGCUGGUUUGCGUAUUUAUUUGUUCUGUAGGCCUACGUGUCCAGAAUCCUGUAAGGUUUUAGGAUGCCUUCAAUACAUACUUUUUGAAAUAAAAAUAUUUCCUACACA